GAGAAUGCAGCAAUCUUUGCGCUUUGGCUUGCUACUAAUCGUCUACGGCGUAUUUCUCGUUGUCUGGGGAAUUCAUGGCCUGGACAUACCCGAAUGCCGUGGUCAAAAUGGAAUCAUCAACAAUACCCGUCCCAAUUGCAGUUUUGCCUACUUAAAUUGCUCAGACCAGGAUUCGUUAUUUUGCUAUGAUCCCACGUCUUGUAGUGCCAACUUCACUUGUGAACAAAUCGACUCGGUAGACAAUUCAACUGCGUCACCCAACCAAACAACUCCAAUAGUCGUAACCACACCAACACCGACACCGUCACCGUCAUCAACCAGCUCACCUUCCGACAUUCGACGUGUGUGUCGGCAGGGUGUAACCAGAAGGUUCAGUUAUCCGCAAAACUGCAACUAUUUCUACUACUGCGUGGAUGGCUUUCUUCUGGUGGAGCAAUGUCCCAUUGGAUACGUCUUCGAUGCCGAAACUGGGGCAUGUGGUCGUCAGCGAGCUUCUGCCGAUUGUACGUUAAAAUAAAAGGCUAAAAAGAACCAAUUAAUUAAGCCUCUUGUCGUGUCAAAUAAAAUCAUUAUAGCUAGAAAAUAAAAUGAAUUUAGCGUCUUA